AUGGGUUGCAUGCAUGUUCCCAGGAAGGGCCUGUCCCACCAGUCAGCUUUGCUGUACCGCCACAGUGUGCCCACGUGGCUGAAGCUCACCUCGGACGACAUGAAGGAACAGAUCUACAAGCUGGCCAAGAAGGUCCUGACAUCCUCCCAGAUCAGUGUGAUCCUGAGGGAUUCUCAUGGUGUGGCACAAGUGCGUUUUGUAACUGGCAACAAAAUUCUAAAGUCCAAGGGACUUGCCCCUGAUCUUCCUGAAGAUCUUUAUCACUUGAUCAAGAAAGCUGUUGCUGUUUGCAAGCAUCUUGAGAGAAAUAGAAAGGAUAAGGAUUCUAAAUUCCAUCUGAUUCUCAACAAGAGCUGA